AUGAUCUCCGAAUUCCGAAAAAUGAAACUUCUAUAUCUUUUUCAUGCAUUUUUCGAUACAAAUUCAAGUGGUUAUAUAGACAAGAUGGAUUUCAAGCUAGCUGUUGACAACAUUGCAAAACUAAGAGGCUGGAGUGUAAACGAUGAUAAAUAUAAAGAAACGGAAACUGCUUUGAUGAAUAUUUGGGAUGUUUUAGCGAAGACAGCGGAUUCAAACAAUGAUGGUCAAAUCUCUGUCGAGGAAUGGCUAACAAUGUGGGAAGAGUUUGCCAGAAAUCCAUCAAACCCUCUUGAGUGGCAGAGCUUGUAUUGUAAAUUUAUAUUCGAGUUAGAAGAUGCUGGAGGUGACGGUGCUAUAGAUAGUGAAGAAUUUGCAGCUGUUCACGAAUCGUUUGGACUCCUUAAAGAAGAUAGCUUAGCGGCUUUCGAAUUCAUGUCCAGAGGGAAGCCUACUAUAUCCUGGAAAGAAUUCCAGGAGCUGUGGAAGGAAUAUUUUACUUCGGAAAAUCCAUGUGAUCCAGGAAAUUACAUUUUCGGGUCGGCUACUUAUUGA